AAGCCUCGUACGUCCCCGUCCGCGUGUUCCACUCACCGUCGGUAAUCCACGACCGCCCCUGCUUGGGGUUCACCAAUCCCGGUAGGUGGGCAUUGGCGGGGCACCGUACACGAUGUGUCCGUUGCGCCUCGUCCUGGUGUUCCUCUCCGCCGCCCUCGCCGGAUUCUUCGCCUGGAAAUCGAUCCGCUCCCCUCCCCCUUCCCCGAUCUCCGAUGACUCCCAGGAGAUCGGCGACUCCUCCAUCAAAGGCCGGAUCCUCGGCGCUGGAAAGGUGAUUGAGAAUGGGUACUGGGUGUUUCUUGAUAUGGCCAGCGGGAGGUACUUGUGGAGGGCGAUGAGAGAAAGGUGAGAAGUUGGACGAAAUCGAUGAUUUGGGGGUUCUUUUGGAGCACGCACUCGGUAUCCUUUUUCGAUGAAAUUGGAUAGUGUUGUUCUAUGCAUUGGAUUGCAAUUUAGCCGAUGUGCCUCGGAAUUCGAUUUAAAGUUGUUGUUUCCUGUUCGAAUGAUUGUCUCUUGAGAUCGGAUUCAUUGUUUGUGGUGAUUAUUGUCAUCGUCUCGUCGAUUUAUAUGCUAUACUAUGAAUUUGUCUUAUUAGAUGGUGUUAAAUCGAUCAAAAACAUCAAAAAAUUAGCUUUUAAUUUGCCAAUGUAAUGUCUUGUUUUUCUUAUCUCGUUCUUUGAAGAUUCAGUUGAUGAGCAACAAAUUGUACUCUGACAUAGUUCUUCAUUUCAUCAGUCUUUAUCAGAAUCCAGAAAACUAUCUCUUUCGUUUUAAUUUCGUGUUCAUGAGCUCAAACUGAUUGAUAAUAAACCUGACAAGAAAACAGUAGAGCAGAAACGAUAGUAGAGUAGAAGACACUGAAGGCAUAAAAAUAACUUGCUUCCAUAUGUACCCAUAAAUCCAUAGAAGCAGCAAAUAGAGAAUUUGGAGUUUGAUGGUUGCAUUGACAAGGUUCCAUUGCUCGACAAAUACUAUCGUAUCGACGAAAUUUAUGGGAAUUUUAUAGUGAUAUUGUUGGCUUUGAUUCUUGCACUAUAUAUGUAGCAAUCUCUGGACGAAAAAUUUGUUGGAGAAACUUAAUGUUACUUCCUUGAAGGUUAACAUUUGCUAUACUUAUUGUGGUUGCCUAUUCUUUGGCAAUUAUACUUUUGUGUCAAUUCAUUUGACUCGCCUUUCUGAUUUAUCAUCGGUUAACAUCAUUUUUUAUACUAGUUAUUUAUUUCCUUUUCUAUCUAAGCGAAUAUUCUCCAGCUUCUCCCUUUUUUUUUCCGACAUGAAAGAUGCCAUCAUGUACUUUUAUGGAGGAAUUGCAUCAAAAAAUUUCAAGGUUUUAUGUUCAAUCCUAGUAAGAGAUGUAUGCUGUUGGAUCAUUUUGUACCACCAGAUUCUUGUCCUCGGAUACCCAUAGAUGAAGCUUUGUGAAGCUCUCUGCCUUAUCCUUACUCGAUGCAUUAAUCUAGCAUAUACAUUCGUUGCCACCUUUCUGUAAUUUGUUGCUGCCUUAUCAUGUCGUCGUUUUAUUAAAAGCACUUCAAUUCUUUCUUCUCUGUCAUAUAUUUAAAUAACUUUCACCAUGAAUUCACUUUGUUUUCUACAAUUAUAUGUUCAUCGACACUCCUAUAUCUGAAAAUAUUGCCUUGUUAAUUUAACAGCAAAUUUUAUCGGCUUCAAAGGUUCGUUACUUGCACGUUCGUAUAUCCUCAAUGAAAUCGCUACUGAAGCUACCAUAAUCAGAUGUUUGAGGUCUUAUUUUCAUUUAAUAUCCUAUGAAAAGUUCUUUGUUUUAUUCAUUCGAUAAUAGGUAUUUACGAGCAGAAGUUGCAGCCUUCUUUUAAUGUAAGAAACAAUCGCCAUCAUCAAGAUCAUAUCUUGACUGUUUCUGUAUGAACAAAAAGCUAAGCUUCGCGGUGCAAUGCCAUUUAUUGUAAUAUAUUUUGUUUCUAAUGGAAAUGAGGUUGAUGUCAACUUUGUCGACA